AUGUGGAAAAGUUGCGUAUCAAAAAUGUCUCGUAAAAGAGACGUGGAGAGUGGAGAAAGAACGCUUUACCCUUCGAUGCUUGAGAAUCCUCAAUUGAGAUGGUCCUUCAUACGUAAGGUAUACUCCAUCAUCACCUUUCAGUUGCUUCUCACCAUUGCCGCUGCCUCCGUCGUUGUUUUCGUUCCUCCGGUUGCGCAUUUCUUUGUCGGUUCCACACACGGCUUGGUUCUUUACAUUGUUCUUAUCUUUGUUCCCUUCAUAACAUUAUGUCCGCUUUACUAUUAUCGACAGAAACAUCCUCUUAAUUACUUCCUCCUCCUGAUUUUCACAGUCACUUUAGCUUUUCCUAUUGGGAUAACGUGUGCCUUUGUUAGCGGGAAAGUAAUUCUGGAAUCUGUGAUAUUGACUACUGCGGUUGUGUUUAGUUUAACUAUAUACACAUUUUGGGCCGCAAGAAGAGGUCAUGAUUUCAGUUUUUUGGGUCCGUUUCUGUUUGGAGCUUUGUUGGUUCUUGUGAUCUUUGCCUUCAUUCAGGUUCUGUUUCCAUUGGGAAAGGUGUCACAUACGGUCUAUGGAUGUCUUGCAUCUAUCAUAUUUUGUGGCUACAUAGUAUAUGACACAGACAACCUUAUCAAGAGGUUCUCCUAUGAUGACUACAUUUGGGCUUCGGUUUCGUUGUAUCUUGACAUAAUCAACCUUUUCCUCUCUAUACUUACUAUUUUUAGAGCUUCUAAUUAA